AUGUCAGAUCUCCGUUCAGAAGGAGAUAUCUCCGUCCAUUACAGACGGAUACAUCUGGGUCCAUUACAGACAGAGACAUCUCUUUCCAUUACAGACGGAGAUACAAAGUACAAAGACAGUUGCAGUGAGAAACGAGCUUACGCGCUUUAUGACUUCGAUGCCCGAGAUCAUGAAGAUCUCUCUUUCCGCAAAGGCGACGUUCUAAUACUCAAAGACCAGAACAAUAUAAAAUAUGAAGGAUGGUGUUACGCACGGCAUUACGACCCAACACACCAGAAUUUCCAAGCAGAGGGUUACGUGCCAAUGAAUUAUGUGGCCCUUGAAGACAAAUCAGAUGACGAAGCGACUACAGCUAUGUCGUCGCUGAACAUUCAAGAUGAGAGCGAAUCCGAGGAUGGAGAACCUGGCACAGGGAAGUCGGCCUUUAUCAACUCUAUCAGAGGGCUGAAAGCUGAUGAUCCUGGUGCAGCUGAAGUAUCCUUGUUCGAAACUACUAUGAAUCUGAGCGGUUACCCACACCCUGACAAUCCAAAUCUUCGCAUUGUAGGUGAAUUAACCUUCACGCGGGAUAACUACUUGCAGAAAGCAGCAUUAAGUCAGUUUGACUUUUUGUUACUCCUGUCUGCUUCGCGGUUUAAGGAAAAUGACAUUUGGCUCGCAAAGGAAUUUCUUAAGUUGAAGCCAAAUUUUCACUUGUUCUUUGUACGAACAAAGAUCGACGAUGAUCUUCGCUCCUCACAAAAAGGACGACGAAAACUGCAGACCGCCGAAGAUAUGCAUGCAUUGCAGCAGGAAAUCAAAGAGUGGGCAAGGCUCAAUCUUGUGAAAGACGGGAUAUCCAAUGCAAACAUAUAUAUUGUUAACAACUAUGACACAGCAGCUUUUGAUUUUGGUACAAUGUAUUCGAAACUGAUGCAAAACGUUUCUAGACUUGAAAGGGAGGCAAUGAUCAUGGCCACAAAGGAAGUUGUUCAAACGAAGCUCGCUUUUUUGAAAAGUAGAAUCAGCUUGGUUUCUCAAACUGCGGCAGAGGCUGCAGUCUUUGCAACUGCAGUCACAAACAAGUAUCCGGCAGAAAUAUACGUGUUGCUAGAGGAGUGCAGAUUGUAUCGUUCGCAGCUAGGACUCAAUUUAAAUUCGUUAGAAAUCAUCGCAAAACGUUUUGAAAUUGAUUUCGAAGAAUUGCUGGUCAACUUGUCAAUGACAUCUUACAUAUAUGUAGAUUGUGAGGAUGGGUUUGCCAACUUUUAUACAAGGUUUGGAAUAAUUGAACCAAAAAUUUAA